GGAACGCUCCGCGCUGCGCCGGUGGCGGCAGGAUACAGCGGCUCCUGCGCGACUUAUAAGAGGUCCUUGUGCGGCGCCAUUUUAAGCUUCUCGGUCUGUAGCAGUCGCGUUAGACCGGCUGCGAGAGCUGGGAGCGAGGGGAGGCGGAGACGGAGGAACAUCCGAGAAGCAGCUCCAGCCCCCGCCGAGCCGCCACCGCAGGCCGAGGACGAUCGGACUCCCGCGGCGGGAGGAGCCUGUUCCCCUGAGGGUAUCUGAAGUACACCAAACCACCAUUUUCGAAGAUCCUCUGCGUGGACAAUGGCUACUCAAGCUGAUUUGAUGGAGCUGGACAUGGCGAUGGAGCCAGACAGAAAAGCGGCUGUUAGUCACUGGCAGCAGCAGUCUUACCUGGACUCUGGGAUCCAUUCUGGUGCUACUACCACGGCCCCUUCUUUGAGUGGAAAAGGCAAUCCUGAGGAAGAAGAUGUGGAUACCACCCAGCAAGGCCUGUACGACUGGGACCACCAGGGGUUUUCUCAGUCCUUCACUCAGGAACAAGUAGCUGAUAUUGACGGGCAGUACGCCAUGACCCGAGCCCAGCGAGUCCGCGCUGCUAUGUUCCCUGAGACGUUAGAUGAGGGCAUGCAGAUCCCGUCGACACAGUUCGACGCCGCCCACCCCACCAACGUCCAGCGUCUGGCCGAACCGUCACAGAUGCUGAAACACGCCGUUGUAAAUUUGAUUAACUAUCAAGAUGAUGCAGAACUUGCCACACGAGCGAUUCCGGAACUGACGAAACUGCUAAAUGAUGAGGACCAGGUGGUGGUUAACAAGGCUGCAGUUAUGGUCCAUCAGCUUUCUAAAAAGGAAGCUUCCAGACACGCCAUCAUGCGCUCUCCCCAGAUGGUGUCUGCUAUUGUGCGUACCAUGCAGAACACAAAUGAUGUAGAGACGGCUCGCUGUACUGCUGGGACCUUGCACAAUCUUUCCCAUCAUCGGGAGGGCUUGCUGGCCAUCUUCAAGUCUGGGGGCAUUCCUGCCCUGGUGAAGAUGCUCGGUUCACCGGUGGAUUCUGUGUUGUUUUACGCCAUCACAACUCUCCACAACCUUUUAUUGCAUCAAGAGGGAGCUAAAAUGGCAGUGCGUUUAGCUGGCGGGCUGCAGAAAAUGGUUGCCUUGCUCAACAAAACAAAUGUUAAAUUCUUGGCAAUUACAACAGACUGCCUUCAGAUCUUAGCUUACGGCAAUCAAGAGAGCAAGCUGAUCAUUCUGGCUAGUGGUGGACCUCAAGCUUUAGUAAAUAUAAUGAGGACCUACACUUACGAGAAACUACUGUGGACCACAAGCAGAGUACUGAAGGUGCUGUCUGUCUGCUCUAGUAACAAACCGGCUAUUGUGGAAGCUGGCGGGAUGCAGGCUUUAGGACUCCACCUGACAGACCCGAGUCAGCGUCUGGUUCAGAACUGUCUGUGGACUCUUAGGAAUCUUUCCGAUGCCGCAACUAAACAGGAAGGGAUGGAAGGUCUCCUUGGGACCCUUGUUCAGCUCUUGGGCUCAGAUGAUAUAAAUGUGGUCACCUGUGCAGCUGGAAUUCUUUCUAACCUCACCUGCAAUAAUUAUAAGAACAAGAUGAUGGUGUGUCAAGUGGGUGGUAUAGAGGCUCUUGUACGUACUGUCCUUCGUGCUGGUGACAGGGAGGACAUCACUGAGCCUGCCAUCUGCGCUCUUCGUCACCUGACCAGCCGGCACCAGGAAGCAGAGAUGGCCCAGAACGCUGUUCGCCUGCACUAUGGACUGCCGGUUGUGGUUAAACUCCUGCACCCGCCAUCCCACUGGCCUCUGAUAAAGGCUACCGUUGGAUUGAUUCGAAAUCUUGCCCUUUGUCCAGCAAAUCACGCACCUUUGCGUGAGCAGGGUGCCAUUCCACGUCUCGUUCAGUUGUUGGUUCGUGCCCACCAGGAUACCCAGCGCCGUACGUCCAUGGGCGGGACACAGCAGCAGUUCGUGGAGGGCGUCCGCAUGGAAGAAAUAGUGGAAGGCUGCACCGGAGCCCUUCACAUCCUCGCUCGGGAUGUUCACAACCGAAUCGUCAUCAGAGGACUAAACACCAUUCCCUUGUUUGUGCAGCUGCUUUAUUCUCCCAUUGAAAACAUCCAAAGAGUAGCUGCAGGGGUCCUCUGUGAACUGGCGCAGGACAAGGAGGCUGCGGAAGCCAUCGAAGCCGAGGGGGCCACGGCCCCGCUGACGGAACUGCUCCACUCGAGGAACGAAGGCGUGGCGACGUACGCAGCCGCCGUCCUGUUCCGAAUGUCAGAGGACAAGCCGCAGGAUUACAAGAAGCGGCUGUCGGUGGAGCUGACCAGUUCCCUCUUCAGAACGGAGCCGAUGGCCUGGAAUGAGACUGCUGAUCUUGGACUUGAUAUUGGCGCCCAGGGAGAGCCACUUGGAUAUCGCCAGGAUGAUCCCAGCUACCGUUCUUUUCACUCCGGUGGGUACGGCCAGGAUGCCUUGGGUAUGGACCCCAUGAUGGAGCACGAGAUGGGUGGCCACCACCCUGGUGCUGACUACCCGGUUGAUGGGCUGCCGGACCUGGGGCACGCCCAGGACCUCAUGGACGGGCUGCCUCCGGGGGACAGCAAUCAGCUGGCCUGGUUUGACACUGACCUGUAAAUCACCCUUUAGCUGUAUUGUCUGAACUUGCAUUGUGAUUGGCCUGUAGAGUUGCUGAGAGGGCUCGAGGGGUGGGCUGGUAUCUCAGAAAGUGCCUGACACACUAACCAAGUUGAGUUUCCUAUGGGAACAAUUGAAGUAAACUUUUUGUUCUGGUCCUUUUUGGUCGAGGAGUAACAAUACAAAUGGAUUUUGGGAGUGACUCAAGAAGUGAAGAAUGCACAAGAAUGGAUCACAAGAUGGAAUUUAUCAAACUCUAGCCUUGCUUGUUAAAAUUUUUUUUAAUAUCUGUAAUGGUACUGACUUUGCUUGCUUUGAAGUAGCUCUUUAAUUUUUUUUGCAGUAACUGUUAGUUUUUUAAGUCUUGUAGUGUUAAGUUAUAGUGAAUACUGCUACAGCAAUUUCUAAUUUUUAAGAAUUGAGUAAUGGUGUAGAACACUAAUUCAUAAUCACUCUAAUUGUAAUCUGAAUAAAGUGUAACAUUGUGUAGCCUUUUUGUAUAAAAUAGACAAAUAGAAAUGGUCCAAUUAGUUUCCUUUUUAAUAUGCUUAAAAUAAGCAGGUGGAUCUAUUUCAUGUUUUUGAUCGAAAACUCUAUCUGGGAUACGUGUGGGUGGGGUGAGUCGGUCAGGUGCUCCUUGGAGCCUCGUUCUGGACAGCUGACCAGCUGCCUUUUAUCCCAGAGUUGUUGUGACCUGCUGUGAUACGACGCUUCAAGAGAAAAUGCAGUUAUAAAAAAUGGUUCCGAAUUAAACUUUUAAUUCAUUC